ACGCGCGCCCUUCUGGCACAUGGACGAUGAUCCCACUCGUCCCAGUCGCCUCUGGCAUUUUCCUAACUUCGGAAAAACCAGUUUCCAAACCCUAGCAUCAUCCUCCAUGUCUGCUCCUUAGUUGCAGUUACUCUCUCUCUCUCUCUCUCUCUCUCUCUCUCUCUCUCUUCGAAACCCUAACUAUCUCCCUCUGAAAAUCCAUUGCUUCCUGCAUCUGAUAAUUCCGCCAUUUCUGCAUCCAGAAGCUAAAACCCUAAUCUCUCUCUCAUUUUUCUCUUAAAAACCCUAGCUUUCUUCAUCUGAGUAUCCAUGGCUUCCAUCAUCCGCUCCCGCCUCUGCUCCCUCCACCUCUCCCAUCGUCACUUCUCUGCAGCAUCCAUCCUAACCCCCGACAAUCCCAAUUCCACUCUCACCGGCAAGCAAAAAUCCCGCACUGCCCUCGCUCUCCUCAAAUCCGAAUCCGAUCCCAACCGCAUCGUCGACAUCGCCCGGGCUGCCUCCCUCACCCCUGCGUCCCACCUCGACCGCAUCGCCCUCUCCAUCACUGUCUCCAAGCUCUCCAAAACCCAAUCCUCUGCCUCCGCUACGGCCCUCCGAUCCUUCCUUGACGAAUUCACAUCUCGCCCUGACCUCCAAUCCGAACGCUCCCUCUCCCAUGCCAUCGUCCUCUACGGCCAGGCCGGCAUGCUUGACGAGGCUAUUCACACCUUCCAACGCCUUGAAGAGCUUGGUGUGCGCUGCCGGACUGCCGGAUCCCUCAAUGCCCUCCUCUUCGCCUGCCAGCUCAACAAGGACUAUGGCGAGCUCAUUCGAAUCUUCCGUGAAUUCCCCAAGGUUUACAAUGUCACUCCCGACAUCAACACCUAUAACACCGUUGUAAAAUCUUUCUGUGAGUCCGGUAAGUCUAAUUCAGUCUACGCUAUCAUAGACGAAAUGGAUCGGAAAAGAUGUAAACCGAAUGCAACCACGUAUAAUACAUUGCUUUCAGGUUUAUAUGCGGAAGAAAAAUAUGGUGAUGUUGGGAAGGUCUUGGAAAUGAUGAAGAAGAAUGACUGUUUUCCGGGUAUCAGUACACAUAACGUGAGGAUACAGAGUCUUUGUAAAGCAAAGAGAACAGCUGAGGCGAAGGCUUUGUUUGAUGGGAUCAAAGCGAGGGGUCUGAAGCCGAAUGUAGUUACAUAUUAUCAUCUUAUAUAUGGGUUUUGCAAGGAAGGAAAUUUGGAAGUAGCGAAGCGGCUCUUUCAUGAAAUGUGUGAGAAGGGCUGCAAGCCAGAUAGUAGUUGCUAUUUUACUUUGAUUUACUAUCUCUGUCAGGGUGGGCAAUUCGAUACCGCAUUGCAGUUGAGUAAGGAGUGCAUGGAGAAGGAUUGGGUGCCAUGCUUUUCAACGAUGAAGUUGCUGAUGAAUGGGCUUGUGAAGGAAUCAAAGAUGGAUGAGGCACGAGAGAUUGUUGGGAAGCUAAAGGAGAAGUUUCCAAGCACUGCUUAUAUGUGGAAGGAAGUGGAAGAAGGCUGGCCUCAAUAGGGAGGAUGAUAAGGUUUGUUAGGUUGAAGUAGGACUGAGGAGUUGAAUAACCAGUGUAAUUUUGUAUGAGAUGCUGCUAUUCUGUGCAUUGGAGUUUCUAGAAACAAUUGGUUAUUUUGGUAAUGAAAAUGAAUGUUAUUGAGGAA